AUGGGUCUCUUUCGCAAAAAGUCCGACAGUAGUUCGGUCACGGCCACCGAUGGUGACAAUCGACAUCAGGCUCUGGAUCACGAUGAGAAAAAGAUUGAAUCUAAGCGCGGAAGUGAUGGCCAAUUCGGAAAACAAAGAUCAGCGAGUAUCUCUGAAGGCGAAGCCAAGUACAAACGUCUAAGUUGGAAGAAGCUUACGAUCUGCCUAAUCGUCGAGGCCAUCGCUCUAGGAAGUCUCAGCAUUCCCAGUGUCUUCGCUGAGACGGGCCUUGUCGCUGGUGUGAUUCUUUGCGUUGGGCUUGGUCUUAUCGCCAUCUACACCUCCUACUUGGUUGGGCAAGUCAAGCUCAGGCACCCCGAAAUUGAACAUUACUCAGAUGCCGUCGGAUUGUGUUGGGGGCGUUUUGGCAAAGAAUUAGCUGGUGUGAUGUUUCUGCUUCUCCUCAUCCUCCUUGUUGGUGGCCACACCCUCACUGGCACGAUCGCCUUCAUCCGCAUCGUCAACAAGCCCACCCUCUGCGCUCUAAUCUGGGGCGGUGUAUCAGCAAUCCUGCUCUACAUUCUUGCCUUGCCGCCAUCCUUCGCAGAAUUCGCGAUCCUCGGCUAUAUCGACUUCGCCAGCAUCAUCAUCGCAAUCGGAAUCACCAUCGUCGCAACUGGUGUUUCCGCCAGCCAAAGCCCAGGCGGCCUCAGCGCUGUCGAAUGGUCAGUUUGGCCACCCGAGGGUGUUACCUUCGCGAGCGCUUUCCUUUCGUGUACGAACAUCAUAUUCGCCUACAGCUUCGCCGUGUGUCAAUUCAGCUUCAUGUCCGAGAUGCACACGCCCAAGGACUACGUCAAGUCCAUCUGGGCACUCGGUCUCAUCGAGAUCUUCAUCUACACUCUUACCGGCGCCCUGGUCUAUGUCUUUGUCGGCAACGAAGUCGAAAGCCCAGCGAUACUAUCAGCAGGCUUCACCGUCUCGCGCGUAGCAUUCGGGAUCGCACUUCCGGUCAUCUUCAUCUCGGGCAGCAUCAACACUACUGUCGCCUGCCGCUACCUGAUCCACCGCAUCUUCCCCAAGGACAACGCAAUCCGCUACACCAACACGCCAAUGGGCUGGAUCGUCUGGGCAUCAUUCUGCCUGAUCGCAACGGUCAUCGCGUGGGUCAUCGCCGAAGCAGUUCCCUUCUUCAACGACCUUCUUGGGUUGAUCUCCAGUUUGUUCAUUAGCGGGUUCAGCUUCUACUUCCCGGCACUCUUCUGGUUCUGUCUACUCAAGGAGGGGAAGUGGAAUCAUGGAUGGAAGAACAUCUGUCUGAGCAUUAUCAACGCCUCUAUCUUUGUCAUGGGCGUGGCGAUCUUGGGAUGCGGCGCGUACGCAUCUGCGAAAGACAUUGCGGAUAGGUAUGCCAGCAAGAAAGUAGGCAGUCCAUUCGGGUGCAGUUCGGAGCAGUAUAUGUCUUGA